GGCCGCCCCCUCCCCCCCGCAUCCCGGCGGAUCCGUCAGUGCCUGGACCAACUUCAUCCUUUCCUGGGGCAUCUUCUCACCUGACGGAGCGUCCUUAAGACAAGUAUGCAGUUGAGCUGCUAAGGGAUGGAAGAAGCGAGUCUGUGCCUUGGAGUGUCCUCCGCGGCGCCCGAAGCUGAGCCCCACCUGAGCGGCCCGGUGCUCAAUGGCCAGUAUGCCAUGAGUCAGAAGCUGCACCAGAUCACCUCGCAGCUCAGCCAUGCCUUCCCCGAGCUGCACGCGCGGCCCAGCCCCGAGGAGAAGACGCCCGCGGCCGCCGCCGCCGCGCCCCUGGACGAGAAGGCGCACGCGCCCCUGAGCGGCCAGCCCCUGGGCGGGCAGAUGGCGCUGCUGGCCACCCAGCUGGGCCGCGACGUGGACACCAGCCUCAACGGGCGCGUGGACCUGCAGCAGUUCCUCAACGGGCAGAACCUGGGCAUCAUGUCCCAGAUGACGGACAUCGAGGACGACGCGCGCAAAAACCGCAAGUACCCGUGCCCGCUGUGCGGGAAGCGCUUCCGCUUCAACAGCAUCCUCUCGCUGCACAUGCGCACGCACACCGGCGAGAAGCCCUUCAAGUGCCCCUACUGCGACCACCGGGCCGCGCAGAAGGGCAACCUCAAGAUCCACCUGCGGACCCACAAGCUGGGCAACCUGGGCAAGGGGCGCGGGCGCGUGCGCGAGGAGAACCGCCUGCUGCACGAGCUGGAGGAGCGGGCCAUCCUGCGCGACCGGCAGCUGAAGGGCAGCCUGCUGCAGCCGCGGGACCUCAAGCCCCUGCCGCACGCCCCGCAGGCCGCCGCGGCGCCGCGCCACCACCUGCCACCCGCCGCGCGCGCCACGCCCUCGCCCAAGCCGGCGGGCGCGCAGGAGGACGCGGCGGCCCCGGCCGCGGGCUUCCGCUGCACCUUCUGCAAGGGCAAGUUCAAGAAGCGCGAGGAGCUGGACCGGCACAUCCGCAUCCUGCACAAGCCGUACAAGUGCACGCUGUGCGACUUCGCCGCCUCGCAGGAGGAGGAGCUCAUCAGCCACGUGGAGAAGGCGCACAUCACUGCCGAGUCGGCGCAGGGCCAGGGCCCCAGCGGCGGCGGCGAGCAGGCGGCCAACGAGUUCCGCUGCGAGGUGUGCGGCCAGGUGUUCAGCCAGGCCUGGUUCCUCAAGGGCCACAUGCGCAAGCACAAAGACUCCUUCGAGCACUGCUGCCAGAUCUGCGGCCGGCGCUUCAAGGAGCCCUGGUUCCUCAAGAACCACAUGAAGGUGCACCUCAACAAGCUGUCGGUGAAGAACAAGUCCCCCAGCGACCCCGAGGUGCCCGUGCCGAUGGGCGGCAUGACCCAGGAGGCGCACGCCAACCUGUACUCCAGAUACCUGUCCUGCCUGCAGAGCGGCUUCGUGGCGCCCGACAAGGCGAGCCUGGGCGAGCCCGGCCCGCUCUACGGCAAGGGCGAGCUGCCGCUGAAGGAGAAGGAGGCGCUGGGGAAGCUGCUGUCGCCCAUCUCCAGCAUGGCCCACGGCGUCCCCGAGGCCGGGGACAAGCACUCGCUCCUGGGCUGCCUCAACCUCGUGCCGCCGCUGAAGUCCAGCUGCAUCGAGCGGUUGCAGGCGGCGGCCAAGGCGGCCGAGAUGGACCCCGUGAGCAGCUACCAGGCCUGGCAGCUCAUGGCCCGGGGCGUGGCCGUGGACCACGGCUUCCUGUCCAAAGAGCACCAGCUCCAGCGCGGCCACGAGGACGCCCUGGCCGGCGCGGGGCUCAUGUUCGACAAGGAGAAGCGGGAGUACGUGCUGGUGGGCGCGGACGGCUCCAAGCAGAAGAUGCCCGCGGACCUGGUGCACGGCGCCAAGGUGGGCGCCCAGAGAGACGCGCCCGCUAAGCUGGACCCUUUGGAAGGCGGCCGGGACUUCUUGUCCCACGGGCUGAACCAGGCGCUCGAGUACGGCCUGCAGGGCGCCGCCGGGAGCAUGAAGGAGAAGCCCACCGAGUGCCCCGACUGCGGCCGGGUGUUCCGCACCUACCACCAGGUGGUCGUGCACUCCCGCGUGCACAAGCGGGACCGCAAGGGCGAGGAGGAGGGGCUGCACGCCGGCCUGGAGGAGCGGCGCGGCUCGGGCAGCGACCAGGAGUCGCAGUCGGUGAGCCGCUCCACCACGCCCGGCUCCUCCAACGUCACGGAGGAGAGCGGGGUCGGAGGAGGCCUCUCCCAGACGGGCAGCGCCCAGGAGGACAGCCCGCACCCCUCCUCACCGUCCUCCUCAGACGUCGGCGAGGAGGCCGGGAGAGCCGCGGGGGGCGGCCAGCCAGCGGGGCUGCUGCGGGACAGGAGCCUGGGCGCGGCCAUGAAGGACUGCCCGUACUGCGGGAAAACUUUCCGGACCUCCCAUCACCUGAAGGUCCACCUGCGGAUCCACACAGGUGAGAAGCCCUACAAGUGUCCGCACUGCGACUACGCGGGCACCCAGUCCGCCUCCCUGAAGUACCACCUGGAACGGCACCACCGGGACCAGCAGAACGGGGCCGGGCUGCUUUCGGGGCCCCACCAGGACCCCAAGGAGGAGAUGCCCGGCAAAGCCCCCCUGUUCAUCCGGCCCGACAUCCUGCGGGGGGCCUUCAAGGGGCUCCCCGGGAUCGACUUCAGAGGGGGCCCGGCCUCCCAGCCGUGGACGUCGGGGGCGCUCCCCUCCGGGGACCACCCGGGGCAGGCUCCGGACGCCCCUCCGGACACCCUCAAGGGCUGCCCCGCCGACCUCCCCGCCAAGAGCUCCCACUUCUCCGAGCUGGGCAGAGCCUACCAGGGCGUGGCCGCGAGCAACGGCGUGAGCUUCCAGGGCUCCCUGCAGGCGUUCAUGGACAGCUUCGUGGUCGGCUCCCUGAGGAAGGAGAGGGACGGGAAGGACAGAGCCCUGCCGGACGCCGCUUGCGCAAAAGCCCGCGGGGCGGAGGGGCCCCCCGAGGAGAAGCCCGGGGGCGGCGGGAAGCCCUCCCAGAGGAAGUCGGAGAAGUCCCAGUACGAGCCGCUGGACCUGUCCGUGCGGCCAGACGCCGCCUCCCUGCCCGGCUCCUCGGUGACCGUGCAGGACAGCGUUGCCUGGCACGGCUGCUUGUUCUGCGCGUUCACGACCUCCUCCGUGGAGCUGAUGGCCCUCCACCUGCAGGCCAACCACCUGGGCAAGGCCAAGCGCAGAGACAGCCACGCCGCCGCCGCCGCCACGGGGGUCCCGGCGGCCAACUGCAAAGACCACGCCCGGGAGGCGGCAAGUAAGAUGUCCCUGCUGCCCACGGUCCCUCCCGGCAAGGACAUGGGGCUUCCUGGGCUGAUGGGCUCCCUGGACCCCGCCCCUUCCGAGAAGGCGGCCCCGGGACAGGGCAAGGAGAUGCAGGAGGAGGCGAAGAGCGGCCCCUGGCCCGGCCACAUGGACCCUGCCUUCUGCCCCUUCCCGUCCUCAGAGUUCUACAAGCAGUUCGGAGUCUUCCCGGGCGCGCUGGGCUCGGGGGCCUCCGGCUCCUGCCCGGGGGGCGGCAAGGAGCCCCCCGAGGGCGGGAAGGCCCUCCCUGAAGACGGCGCCCCCAUCCUGAUCCCCGAAGCCACGGGUAAGAGCGGGGCGGCGGCGGCAGCCGACGACCUCUCGGACAUCGCCUCCUCCGAGGAGGACAUGGACUCCUCCAAAGGAGAGAACAACGAGGAGGACGAGGACCUGGAGCCGGAGCCGGAGCCGGCGAGCAAGCCGCUACCCGCGCUGGGCAAGGGCAGCGGCGGCGGGGGCGACCUCGGGGACUGCCUGCUGUCCGCCUCGCAGGGCGGCCUGGCGUGCUCGGCCUCAGCCCAGGCGUCCUCGGAGAAGCAGUGGCACGGCCCUCCCGGGGGCGGCCUGCUUGCGGCCCCCCAGGACCCCGCGGCGGGGCUGCCCAAGCCGGAGCGGGGACCCCCGGGCCUGGAGAAGCCCCUGAACAUGCUGUCUGUGCUCAGGGCCUACAGCUCCGAGGGCCUGGCCGCCUUUAACGGACUUGCCGGUAGCGCAGCCAACUCUGGAUGUCUCAAGAGGCCAGACUUGUGUGGUCACCGGCCCUUUCAGUGCCGCUACUGCCCCUACAGUGCCUCUCAGAAGGGGAACCUGAAGACCCACGUCCUCUGCGUCCAUCGCAUGCCUUUCGACAACAGCCAGUACCCCGACCGCAGGUUCAAGCGCUCCCGGGUGGACUCGGAGGCCCCCGGCAAUUUCGAGGAGGCCCCGGCCGCCGCCAAGGCGGGGGGAGGCCCCGCAGAGCCGGCCGAGGAGGGCGGCGGCAAGCUCCAGCCGGAGAGCCACUAGCCGAGCAGAGCCAGCUGCGUGUUGCGUGUCGCCAUACUCUUUCCCACGCUUGUGACCGGCUAUGCGUCCGGUAAAAGAGUUCGCUCACUGCAUUCCAAGAGGGGAGGGGGAGAAAUCAUGUACAAGAAGCCCCCACUAGUGUAUAGAACCUUUAAAAAAAAAUUUUAAAAGAGAUCUAUAUAUAUAUUAAAAAAAAAAAAAAAAAAAGAAAAAAAAAACAAGAAAAACAAACUUCCCCCCCAGGCCUUGAAAAACGGCUGCUAAACUGUUACCCGGCAACAAGUACUUCCAAACCACGCAGGUGGGAGACAGGAGGAAAAAAAAAAAAAACAAAAACAAAACAACAAAAAAAACAACAAAAACGGGAUUUCACAAAACGCUUGGUGUCCUCUGAGCUAGAGAUUUCGAAAGCUGGGGAGCCCUCCCAGCGCGAAAGUCGUCUCUGCCCAAAAAUAAUAAUAAUAAUAAUAAUGAUGAUAAUAAUGCUCUUAACCGAAAAGGCGAGACCAUCUAGAUGAUUCGUUUAGAGUUGCCUUGAAAGAUGGAAGGGCUGGGUGUCCGUGGUUGGAAGCGCCUCUAUAAUCUGACACCGGCUGCUGUCAUCUGCCUCUGGCACCUUAACGUGCCGGGGAGGCAGCCGCGGUGCCAGCCAGGCUGGAGCGGCCGCUGGGGAGAAAAUCGAUGCAGGGGGUGUCGCGACUCCAGUCCCCGAGAAACCCUAGACGGGACGCGGCCAGCGCCGGCACUGCACCCCCGGCUCUGCGGAGUGAUGGCGAUCUUAAAUGUGCAUCUAUGAAAAAAAAAAAAAAAAAAAGAAACCACACAGGGCCAAACGAAUCAAUGGUCAGGAAGUGUCUGCAGACAGAUGUCCAUUGCAGGUUUGAUGAGUCAAUCCUUUUUCUUUUUUUUUCUUUUUCUUAGAUCAAAUUGCAGGAUGGAGGGAAAUGUUCUGUUCUUGGUUCUUUUUUUUUUUUUUUUUUAGUUCAGUUUUUGGAUGAAAGAAAGAGGAUGCUAUUAAAAAAGAAAAAAAAAAAGUAGGGUGACAUUAUAUAUAAAAUGUUGUUAGAAAAAAACUAGCCAAACCUUAUCCAUAGAAGGUGCCGGUGAGAAAUUAAAAUUUAGGUCAUACUAGAAAGGUUGUUUUAUUUUCUUAAUUAUGAUUUUUUUUAAAACUUUUACUUGAAUAAAGGCUGCUCCAGUCCUCAUAAUAAAAAAAAAAAUUUUUUCCCCCCAUGGGUUAGUUUUUUAUAAGUGUCAGAGAGAGACAUGCAGCGAGAUUUUUUUUCUUCAGCAAGCUCUUAUGAAAUAGCUUGUAUGAAAAUAUGAAUCUAAAAAUCCUGUUCUCUGUAACGAAGAAAAAAAGAAAAAAACCUGAGUUAAAAUGUCUGUUUUUGUAAGACAAAUGGGUUCUAUAUUUUUGUAGAUUUUAGAUUUUCUACUGAUUGGAAAACUCCAAAUUGAUAGAGUUCUGCACCACACAGAGGGUCAGUAAUGAAACGCUUAACUCAUUCCCGAGAACGAUUUAAGAAGACGAAAGUUCUGUUCUUGAAUCUGCUAGAGGGGGUGUACAUGUCCAGCCUUUUCGCGUACUUCCUUUGAGUGACAUGAUUAUCGGUGCUGUUGCUUGGGACAGUCGAGAAGUCUCUUCGAAGUAUCCACCACUUCUUCUAGAACAAAAUCAUUCAGACUUUAAAAAAGAAAAAAAAAAUGUCAAUAUUUCCUUGUAGGCUGGGAGCACAGAAAUAAAAAAAAAACCCCAGGGCCUUAAAAAAAAAAAACAAAAAAACCACUUCAGCUCUGCCUACAGCAGUUUACAAAAAUUACUAAACUGCAAUCAAUGUAAAUAAAAUUCUUAGUGCUAUCCUGAGACCCCCGGGAGGCGUCUCAGGCUAAUAAGGAAUCGGUUUGCGUUUGCUUUCCGAGGGUGUCGCCCAUCCGAGGUUUCCGUGUAAAUGAAGUUGCUGUGCCACGUGGACCGGUCUGGUAUAUAGAGCAAGCUGCUUUCUUGUUUUUUUUUCUAGUCUAGUUCUCACUGCCUUACUUAAAAACCGAGUCGAUACACUUAAUGCAACUGUCUCUAUGAUCCUAGAGGAAAAGGAUUGAAACGGUAUCGAAAACUUUCUGACUGUAGUAAGCUUUAGGGUUUUAACUGCACUACUGUGUUUGGUGACUGUGCCAGUCGCUUGCUUUCUUCUGCGUGUUUGCCCCGCCUUUGGUAUCUUAGCAGAGAAAAAUUUAAAAAAAAAAAAUAAAAAUAAUGAUAAUUAAAAAAAAAUAAAAAGAAGAUAAAGAAAAAAAGAGAAAAAAAAGGAAGAAAAAAAAAAGUGGGGGUAAGAAAUGAGAGCCACAUUCCAUUUCUAGCACUUUGGGAGCUCUUUUGGUAUAUUCCUUUUUGUGUCUCUGAGCAUCGUUCUGAUGCGACAGGCAAUAAUAAUUCUGUUUGUUACCCUGGGGGAAAACCCCUCUUCUUUGUGGUGUGUGUGUGUGCGUGUGUGUGUGUGUGUUGAUUCCAUUUUGUCCAGUGCUACCGUCCUUAUUCCCCCCCUCCCUCCUCCCCUGACACAGCCUCUUCUUUCCGGAACAUUCGUAAACUUGUAAUCCAGACAAGUGCCCGUCACUGAUGCAGAGUCAGUUGCUGAACGUCACCAGGUUCCCACAUCUAAACACGUCGAGUUCCCCCCCACCCCCCGUAACUUCUGUAGUCUGUGAUUCUGGGUCAUAAUACUGUCUACAUUCCUACACAAAGAAAACAACAACAACAAAAAUAAGAUCUGUCUUGGAGGAAAUCCGAGAUCAAUAGAGUAGAGGAUUUUGUUGCUAUGCUUGUAACAAGUAGAGAACUUUGUAUUUAAAGUUUAUUCUUGGUCAUUUAUUUAUUAUGAUAAUACAUCCGUUGACAGAACUUUAUUCUGGUAUAGAAAGUAUUAAAAGUUGUUUUUUUUGUUUUUUUGUUUUUUUUGUUUUUUUCUUCCAGCAAUGACUUGUUUUCUUUCUGCUGUUAGAAUAAAAUGUCUUUGAAGCA